AUGGACUUUGAGGAUGAAGACUGGAACGACACUGGAGGUGGAAAUUUUGAUCCAUUUGAAGGUUUAGUUAAUAACGAUGACAAUCCUGAGCAUCAUUAUCAAACAACAGAUCCAUUAGUUCCUCUCAGUCAAGGACCCCUUUGCGAUUCGAUUCCAUUUGAUGCUUUUGAAUAUCCAGAGCCUCUUAUUCAAAAUGUUAUUGCGUCUGUCAAUUUGUCAACAGAUUUGAACCUGAGGCUUAUCGCAAUUUCUGCACGAAACGCAGAAUACAAUCCUACGAAAGUCAACGCAGUGGUCGUCCGAGUGCGCAACCCAAAAUGCACUGGAUUGCUGUUUCGUUCUGGCAGAAUGAUGGUCACGGGGGCGAGAUCCGAAACGGACGCUCACAUUGGUGGCAAAAAAAUUGCGAAACUCUGCUUGAAAGUGGGCCACCCCUCACUUCGAUUUCGAGGGUUCAAAGUUGAAAAUAUGAUCGCAUCUGCCGACUGCGGAUUCCCAGUACGCCUAGAAGGUCUCGCUCAUGACCACAGCUCCUACUGCUCUUAUGAACCGGAAAUGUUCUCUGGCUUAGUCUAUCGCUAUCAUCCAUUGGAAUCCUAUAAGGCUGUUCUUCUCGUCUUCGUUUCCGGGAAGGUUAUCCUUACCGGUUGUCGAACAAUUGACCACGUUAAUCAAGUUUUCCGGGCUAUUUUUCCUGUGUUGUCCCAAUACAGAAAGUAG